AUGUUCCCGGGCGCGGAGAGGAAAGGCCCCCGCCGGGUGCCCGCGGCGCGCCUGAGGCGGCGUGACUCCGUCCCGCUGAAAGCAAGCAGACGCGGCGCGGGGUGGGCAAGGUCGCGCCCCUCUUUCUACUCCCUUUCUUAUAUCAAGAGGGGAAAAACACGGAACUACCUCUACCCGAUCUGGUCACCGUACGCCUAUUACCUCUACUGUUACAAAUACCGGCUCACCCUCCGGGAGAAGAUGCUGCCUUGUUACAAAAGCAUCAUUUAUAAGGAACAGGAGGACUUGACACUCCGGCCCCGUUCCUGCCUUCAGUGCUCCGAGUCCCUAGCAGGCCUCCAGGGGGGCAGGCGCACCGAGCAGGCUGACGGUGACCAGCUUAAAGAAUUGUACUCGGCUGGUAACCUGACGGUCCUUGCGACUGACCCCCUGCUCCAUCAGGACCCGGUGCAGUUAGACUUCCACUUCCGCCUCACCCCCCGGACCUCUGCCCAUUGGCACGGACUUCUCUGUGACCAUCGACUCUUCCUGGAUAUUCCCUAUCGGGCCUUGGAUCAAGGCAACCGGGAAAGCUUGACCGCAACACUGGAGUAUGUGGAAGAGAAGACCAAUGUGGGCUCCGUGUUUGUAAACUUCCAAAAUGACCGCAACGACAAAGGUGCCCUGCUUCGGGCCUUCAGCUACAUGGGCUUUGAGUUGGUCAGACCAGAUCACCCCGCCCUUCCUCCCUGGGACAAUGUCAUCUUUAUGGUGUAUCCCCUUGAAAGGGACCUGGGCGACCUGCCCAGCGAGCCUCCCUGAACACGCUGAUUCCUACAGGCUGGGAGCCCUGAUCCAUGGGACCCAGGGACCCAGGAUGUGAUUGAGGACACCUUCCUCCCACCUAGGAAUAAAGGGCAGUGCAAUCUCCAAGUGUUCCUGUUUCCUGGGGGCAGGUGGGCUUGGCUGGAGUGGGCCGUGGGCCUUAGAGCUGGGUUCACUGUAGGAGGAGCAUUUAAUGACUGAACAGAUCAGCGGGACCUGAACCAAAGAGGGAAGGGACCCAGGGAUUUAAGGCUCCUUUUGCGUCCCCCCCACCCCAAAGCCAUUUCCCCAUUUUUUUCUAACCCUUUCCUGAGCACCGGCCAGGAGCAAGAACCAAGCCUUCCGGGGAGAUUUUCAUCCACAUAUUUGAGUUCAAAUGGCAGACAAGUGCUAAUGCCUUGUCUUUGGAUGUGGGGAUUGGAGAAGGAACACUUGGGUCCCGCGGCUUUGGCUCAAGGGGAUGUCCAUAGACACAGUAAGAACUAGGAAGCGUGGAAGAGGUCAUUCCAGACAGCAGGAAAGUACAGGGUUAUACUGGAAGCACACAAGGAGCCCAUCAGAAUGGGGGAAACUGAGAAGAACUAAAGGCCACAUUAAAG